AUGAAGUUACUGGGCCCAUCUGUUACCGUCGCUUUGUUGGCCUAUGCCGUCUACUCCUGGGGCACUUUUAUAUACCACAAUGCCAUUGUUUUCGGCUUCCUUCGCACCAACCCAGCGAGCACUCAUGUCCAACAAGAGGACAUUCAGUACAUCCCCGACACUGUUCACUGUGAAGACCUUCACUAUCAUGCCCCCAGCAAGACCCUCUUUACUGCUUGCGAGGACCAUCCCGAGACUCGCUUUCAGUGGUUUCCCCCUUUGACCAACUUCAACGAUUCGUCAAUCCUCAAGACCUACCGUGGUUCUCUUCAUGUGAUCGACCCCGAAACGAAGAAAUCCCGACGUCUUACCGUGGACAACUUUGACGGACCCUUCAGCACCCACGGCAUCGAGGUCUUGACCGACCCCAAGCAACCGAAUGCCGUGUACAUCUACGCCGUCAACCACCUUCCCAACCCCGAGCCCGUCAUAGCCAUUCACCCUCCACCCGCAGACGUCCCCAAAGCGCGGUCCCAGAUCGAGGUUUUCCAUCAUGUCAUCGGCACCUCCACCGCCACUCACCUCCGCUCCAUCUGGCAUCCUCUAAUUCGCACUCCCAACGAUCUCAUCGCCACAUCCCCCACGUCCCUCUACGUGACCAACGACCAUUUCUACCGGGACCACGGCGUCAUGCGCUUCUUGGAAGACAUGUAUGCCAACGCCAAAUGGACCGAUGUCAUUUACUUGCAGUUCCCCCUUGAAGCCCCCUCAACUGCCGCGGAAACAGACGCCUUGGCCGGCGUUACCGCCCACGUGGCGCUGGACAAGUUCCACAACGCCAACGGCCUAGGUCACGGCCGGUACGAGAACGAAGUAGCCAUUGCCAGCGCCGCUUCGGGAGUUUUGAGCAUCAGCGAGCUACCAUCGUCGUCUUUAUCAAAAUCAAACAUGAUCACGGUGCUCGACCGCAUCGAAUUCGACUCCACCAUCGACAACCCCUCGUACUUCUCUGACCCUUACGCCGGCACGGCGGACGGCGUCGACCACAGCGGGUUCGUCGAGGCCGGUUUGGGCAAGGCGCACACGCUGGCGCAGACGUGCAAGCAGCCGGAGGCCAAGGAUCCGGUCAUGGUGUGGUUUGCGAAGCCCGUCAAGCAGGGAGAGAAUGGGGAUGUGAUUUGGGAGAAGAGGCUCUUGUUUGAGGAUGACGGGAGCAGGAUUAGGAGCGCGAGCGCGGCGGUUUUGGUGGCUAUUGAUCCUCAGAAGGAAGAGGGGAAGAGGAAGGCUUGGUUGUUUGUUACGGGGUUUGUGUCGAGUAAUGUGGUUGCUGUUAAGGUUGACUUGUGA